AUGGGCAACGUUACAUCCCCACUGUCGUUUGAGGAGUCGGGGGCAGCUGAGAUGCGAGAUGCAAUCGAUUCAAUUACCACACCCGGCACCGUAAACGUCAGUGUAAGCACGUACGGUGUCUACGGCAAGGCGUGGCACGUUACAUUUGCGGCAAAUCAAGACCAGGAUCAAGACACUAUGUUCAUCCAACACUCGCGUCUGACAGGUCAAAGUGUAUCAAUUGGCAUCUAUUCCAGAAUUACGGUAUUUACAGCAGCUAAGGAGAAUGAUAUCAGUGGCUCCUUUCGAAUAACGAUUAGCGGCGAGACCACCGAACCUAUUGGGUACGCUGCUACGCACAUGAAAGUCACACAAGAGCUACAAAAACUUUCCGUCGUGGAUUCUGUGAUGGCGCUUGGAGACAAAACGUCCGGUGAUGUUGGUGUUUACUCUUUAGAGUUUACCGCCGAUGCGACUGCUAGUAGUAGUAUUUUGACUAAUGUGAAGCUGGGUGGAUCGCUGUUUGACCCGACCAAGUUCUUAGCGAUUGGUGAAACAGUUAUUAUUGGCUCAACACCUUCUUCGUACACUAUCAAGUCAAUAACCAUGUUUGAUAUCACACUAAAUAAAAUCUUUCCAGCUUCAGCGACGUCUCAAAACUAUGUCAUUUUUGCUGGAUCAAUUACAAAACAAACUGGACCUUUGCCUGGAUAUGUUGCGAUUUCGUCUUUGAUGCAAAUUGUAGCAGUAGAGAAGGGAAGUAACGUGUUUGAGCUACCAACUGACCACUGCUUGGUUAUCAAUAGUGUAUUUUAUAUCGGUAACACUAAAUUUACGGCAACUAGUAUAUCUGGAACAAGAGUUACGACUGACGUUUUGUAUGUGGGCGACAGUAUCUUCGCAAGCCAUCCGAAAUUGUACGCCUUUGAUAAUACACUCCACACCACCGAAGACUUAAGACAACUAGUCAGCAUUGGUAACGAUUUGUGGCUUCCGUCCGUGUCCUCUGAUAUGAACAAGUACACAGUCAUUGCAGUCAAUGCCAAUUAUUUACAAGUGACCGGUAUAUUUACAGAAAGCAUAGCAAGGACUCGGGUAUAUCAUGUUACUAGUGGCCGAAAGUGGAAUCUUGCCUUUCGUUCUUACGCUGGAAGUCUGGAUACUUUUGACGCCAUUCCAGAACAUGAUUGGCGAGGAUCUGAUGCUCGAAUUGGAGUGAGGAACUCGAAAGCAAUUCGUCCGAAUAUCAUUGGCCUCGGAAAUCCAGCAUCGACACAAACAAUUCAUUUAGAGGUUCAGGACGUUGCGAUAGCGACAACUUAUACGCUUAACUUUGCAGGUAAAACUGUAUUGAUGACGGGCACGACAAACCCCAAGAAUAUACCGUGGGCUACUUUGAACGAUGAUUUAGAAAACGCACUCACGACGCUCGAUAACGUGGACGGCGUUAGCGUCAUUUCCACAGUAACGGGAGGUACUGUCGUCCAUGCCAUAUCGUUCUGGGGGACUUACACAAUGAAAAAGCUGCCGCUUCUUGUGGUAACACCUGCUUCGGUCAAUUUAAACGCGUAUGUUCAGGGGAAUGAUGCAGUUGCAGUGACUAAACACGACAAUUUGAUACUUAAAGGUAGUCAAGACUUUGCGUUUCGUAUCUUUGCACGUAAUUCAAAAGGUAUCAGCAAUUCGGUGUUAGUAUUGGAAGCUCAAAUACCGACAAGUUCCCUUAUUCCUAGUCCUCCUACAGGCGUAGCACUCGGUUCAUUCCAUGGGUCAACGUGGUUAUCGCUAAACUACCGGGCUCCUUUAUAUUCAGGAGGAGCGAGGGUGACCAUGUACAGAAUCGAAUGGGAUUCGUCUUCGAACUUUGAUAUUUCAAGUAGAGAUUAUGGCGUGGUAAGUAUUCAGGAAACAUCAGAAGUCCAGCAGGUGACAACGACUUACCGUACGGCAACGGGUGCUGGUGGCACCUUUACGCUUGCUUGGGGUGGCCGUAAGACGGCUGCGUUACCGUUUGAUUGCUCAAUAAGUGAUAUGGCGGAUGCUCUUGCAAUCAUCACGAAUACAGGUAAUGUCGCUAUAGAACCUGUGCUUGUCACCAGAGCAGACGUGGCAUGGGGAUACGUUUGGAAGAUCACAUUUUUACAUAGCCGAGGCGACUUGGCCUUACUGGUUGCCGAUGGAACGCAAUUGACAGGCGAUUCUCCUCGGAUCUGUGUCGACGAAAUCGUCAAAGGUUUCAGUGAUCUCGCAAUCGGCGACUUUACCCAUGAAGUCCAGGAAGUCGUUUCUGAUUCUGUAUCCCCCAUUGACGGUUCGUUUACGCUGACAUUUGAUGGAAAAGAAACGGUGCCGAUCUUUAUCAGUGCGUCAGCAUUAGAGAUGCAAAUAGCAUUGCAGCUAACCACUACAUCGUACUCAAUUAAAGUGUCGAAAGCAGUACGAAACGUGGCACUGAAUACUGCGAUUUGGACCGUCACGUUUGCCUAUCUUCGUAGCGGGGAGAUAGUGGGAGCUGGUAAUGCUUUCAAGAUGACGGUGACAAAUUUGCAAGUAACAGGGACCAAAGCACUAGUAUAUGUUGCGAACAAAAUUACGGGAUCCGACCCGUUUCGCUUUACAAUUACAAACCUUCGACCAGGAAUCGAGUACUUUGCCCAAGUUAUGGCGUACAACGCAGAUGGCUUUGGCUCAGCAAAUUCACCACUAGCCAAGGCCGUAACGUGCACUCAACCUUCAGCUCCUCAAUCCGUUACAGCUACAGUAGUCGACGGAACAAGGCUACAAGUUGACUGGACCGCAAGUACCACUAGCGGAAAGCUCUGUAGUAUAGACAGGUACAAGGUGGAAUGGUACCGUGCUGAAGGAGUACAGGAACAGCAAACUAUUACAACAUCGGCGAGUAAAGGGGUUCCCGAGAUACAGCGAUUGGUCAGCUCUCAAUCUGUAAGUGGGUAUUUCAAACUGUCUUAUAAAGGAGAAAUCACAGAAAAUAUUCGAUGGAAUGCCGAAGCCAGUGGCUUAAACUCAGUGAAAGAACGUCUCGAACGACUGUCUACCAUCGGUACGGUAGCUGUAUCAAAAACUGACUCGACACGCGUUGUGGGUGGGUUGCUUGUGACUGCGACAGCUACAACUGUCACAGUUCAUACGACGUCUAUAUCUACGCUAGGCGCUUCACUAUUAGCCCAGGGCGACGUAAUUUGGAUUGCAGGGAAUAAACGAACAAUUACCGCUGCUGUUGGACCUACAGACACAACUUUUUCAAUCGAUACAGCUCUGGAAGUGACUAUUCCCGUGCCGGUAUUCAAAAAAGCGUUUGGAUAUGAGUGGAAAAUUACUUUUCUCGCAGGCCACGUAGGUCCGCAAGAGCUAAUUGAGGUAUUUCCAAGUGACAGCUGGACAGGAAACAAUCCUGACAUCAUUGUUGACUUGGUACAAAAGGGUCUUCAACCAAUAAGCGGGACGUUUAAAGUUGCCUUUGGUAAUGGCGAAUUGUCGGAUAGUACCCCACCAUUGCCGCACGAUGUCUCUGCUACUGACUUACAAAAUGCACUGGAAAAUCUGGUCACGAUUGGUGCCGUUAAUGUAACUAGAUCCGCAAAUGGAUACGGAUACAAUUGGGUAGUCACAUUCUUAUCGGAAAUGAAAAGUGACUUGACAUUAUUAAGCGUUGACGGAACUCUACUUCAAGGUCCUGGGGCAAAGAUAUUAGUAGCUCGCACUCGAAUUGGUGUUCAACCUUUAUGGUAUUGCGAGCGAAACGGAGGUACUGGAACAUUUGUCGAAGUUGGAGUGCCAGGACAGCUACGCUAUCUGAUCACUGGCCUAACUACCGGUGAGAAGUAUUCCAUAUUUGUACGAGCUCACAACAUUGAAGGAUACGGCUAUGCAGGUCGCAUUGCUUCAGCCUUUCAGAUCCCGCGAACGAUUCCUUCUGCUCCUCAAGCUGUAGAAUUGCUGACUCUCUCAAGUCGACUUCUGAAAGUACGAUGGAAUGCUCCUAAGAGCAAUGGUGGAGCCGCUAUAAGCAUGUAUCAAGUCCAAUGGGACACAUCAGAAAACUUUACGAAUCCAAUGAAGGCAGACGUGCUUGUCGCACCAAUAGAUAUCGAGCCAUUCUACUACAAUAUCCCAAUACUGUCUGUAAAAAAGUAUUUUACUCGAGUAUUUGCAAUCAACACUCAAGGUGAUGGAGCAUUUGGUGUGCCACGUCCAAGUGGUGUCAUACCCGCAGAUCGUACACCUGGAAGAGUAGAAGGUGCAAUUGCAACGAUCUUGUCAGGUCAUGCCAUAUUAGUGGAGUGGAAGCCGUCUUCAACCGAAAGAGAUUAUUUUGGAGGUGAUGGUGGUCUUGUGAUUACUCAGUACAUGAUCGAAUGGGACCCUUCACCAGGCUUUGACUCGCCUGCAACGUUUGGCCUGGUGGAUGGAACAAAGCGCUCAUAUAUUAUUGGUGGAGAUGACGCUUUUACUGGUAUACGAUCUAGUAAACUCACCGCUAAUUCUACGUACAAUAUUCGAGUCACUGCAUUCAAUGCUAAAGGUGCUGGUGCUUCGAGACGCACGAUCCCGUCAAAUGUUACUGUCACCGAUCAACCGCCCUCGCCGCCGCAAAAUCUAACGCUUUCUGUAACGUCUGCAACAUCAGUGCAAGCAGAUUGGAUGACCCCGCUAUAUGACGGUGGAGAGACUCUCAAGUCCUACCAAGUUGAUUGGGAUGAUCAAAAUGAUUUUUCAAGUGGAGAAAGCAGGAGUGUAACAAUCCCAAUUAUUCGUGAAAUGCAGACAAUGAGACUACAGAACGACGUCGUAAAUGAGGAACAAUUUGUCGAUGUUACCGUUAAGGUGACAAACGAAGAGCAAGUGGUACGUACAACAUUUUCAGGAGUGGAUGAAGUCCAAAUGAUUACUACGACUAACGAUGUAGUAGUCGACGAAGUUCAGACAGUAGUCACCUCAGCCACCGAUCGUAACGAGGUUCAGGAAUUGCGCUUAGAUGGCGAUGAUGUAGAUGAGAUUCAAGCAAUUCGAACAUCCGUGUCUGAAAUCCUCGAGGUACAAACGUUACAAGUUGGUGUGCCACGCACAAGCGAAGUCCAAGCAAUCACAUUAACACUGCCAGGGGCGUUCGCCACUCCCGCUACGAGCAUUGGGGGGACAAUUUACUUUUCUUUUGACAGCAGCGUUUGUACCCACUGCGUAAAGAAAAUGUACCAGCGCACAAUUAAUCUCGUCUCAUCGCUUCAGGAUACAACAGCCUCAAGCGCAGCAUUGACCGUAAAGAAUGCACUGAGUGACCUCGCUAAUAUUGAUACCGUCGACGUCACGAGAACACAAAAUGCAGCCGGACCAGACCUUACGUACGUUUACACAAUAACUUUUUCUGGUCUUGAAGUGGGUGGCAACGUUCCUCCGCUUGCUGUUGACGCGGCGAUCACAGUCGGAGGAAACGCAGUGUCUGGCUUACCAACACAAGGUACUGAAGUGUCAGCUGGUAGUGAAGUAAGCUACGCGUCCAAUGCCAUUUUUACAGUCACAUAUACGUGCGAAUCGUAUUCAGACCCGUACGCCAUUACGACGUUCAGUAAUGCGUGUACUCCAAGCAUUUCUGCUCGUAUUUGUGCUGGAUGUGUGACAUCGUUUGCUGGCGGUAUCUUUACAGUGUCACAAGAUUUAAGAUUAAAUACUUAUGUCGUGACCGGUGCAAAGCUUUUAGCAGGCGUAUGCUCUUUUGAAGCAGGAACGGUAGUGAAAACCUCUACGUCGACGACCAUAACAGUUGCUGUGAAUGACGUCGGGUUAUAUUGUAGCGAGUUUUCUGCCAAAACUAUGGAUUUGUAUAAAACCCCGCAGAUUUCUCGCGACAUUCCGUUAAAGACAGCUGCGACAACUAUUUCCAGUGCCAGUAUCGUAGAAGGUCUCCUAGUGGGUGCAAUUGACUCUCUUAUCGUUGCUCGUGCCGAAUUUGUCGACACUAGUUUUGUUGGAUCAGUGUAUACCAUAACGAUUCGCAAACGCUCCGGCACAAUUCCACUUUUAUUGUGUUCGGCCGCAGGAAGUGUUACAUGUUCAGUUGCACGCACGGUUACCGGUAGUAUGAUAACGGGCUCGUUUCAGAUCGGGUUGAUCAGUGAGGCUGAUGCAAGCCAAACUCUAUCCGUUCCAACCCCGUUGUAUAGUGGAAAUGUUCUUUGGGAUGUUUCCGAAACCGAACUGAAAAAUCUGUUGGAAUCUGUCACUCAGGGCUCAAAACAAGUUUUUGGAAGUGUGACCGUAAAGAGAACAGUUUUUGCUCCUACAGGAAACAAAUGGUCGGGUGGAUUUACUUGGCAUGUUACUUUUACAAGCCGGGGAGGGGACAUCCCAAUAAUGGUAACGAGGACAGUCGUUUCUGGUACUACGACACUAUCGACACCAACGAAUGGAGUACCGACUGCAGAUGUUGAAGACGCAACACAUCCACUUAAUCCAUUCGCUUAUAGUCGCGACGGCAAUCAAGUGAUGGGGACAAUCACAUUCAAAUUUCGGGAGGUAACAUCGCCCCUUGCAUGUACGAUUGGCGUAGACACUUCAUUAGCGACGCUUGAUAGUAGCGUGCGAGACACUAUAUUAGAGACAUUUAUCCAGUCAAAUCUUCUCAUUCCAAGCAUCGAAAUUAUACGAUCUGCAGUAACUCAAGCGAGGGGAUUUAUAUGGACAAUUACGUUUUCACACUUUUCAACAGGAGGUGACGUUGGAUUACUCGAGAUUGUAUCGUCACAAUUAACCGGAAAGAGUAUUCGAUUGGGAGUUUACGAGACUGUGAAAGGGAAUCAAUUAAGUGGCACAUAUCAGCUCAGUUUCAACGGAGAGACAACGGCUCCUCUCGCCUUUAACGCUGAAGACUCGGAGGUGCAAACGGAGCUAAACAAACUUGGAACGAUCAAACCGAGCAGUGUGCUCGUGUCUCGAGGAGCUCCCACGUCGAGUCAAGUGCUAGGAUUUACGUGGUAUAUCACAUUUCAUUCCUCUGUUUGGGCUGAUCCGACCAGUGAUCAUGCCGAUGGAAUAGAUGGAAACUGGAAGAGCUCAUCACCAGCAUUGUGGAACGAUGUAUGGGAAUCAGGCUACUCAAAAGCUUGGGGACGGCAUGUCGGUCAUACUUUUCCAUUGAACUGCAUUGCCGAUAGUCUUACAACAACGGCCAAUGAUGGAAGUCAAAGCUGUGUAUCAAGUGUAUCAACCACGGGUAUCGGACCCAUUCGUGGCACUUUUAGUGUUUCGCUCGACACACGAGCGCUGACAUUUGCUCAUAUGGCAAUUAAUUCGCUGGUGAACAGUGAGGGCAUUGUACACAAUGCGUACGCUACCAAGGAAGAAAGCAAAAAUACCGGGACUUCAGUCGAAGAAGUUCUAGAACGAAUGGCAAAUGUAGGCGAUGUCGAUGUCUCAAGAGGGGAUGUAAACAGACGAACGGGUGGCUAUUCGUGGACAGUUACAUUCCUUCGCGACGCCAGUGAUGCACUUCAUCCAUGUGAGCAGCUAGAUGAACGGGCUGGCUCUUUGCUGUGCAAUGCACCAGGCAAUGUCCCUUUACUUACUGGUAUAAGCGCGGCUCUGACUGGAUCCAAUUCACUUGUCACUGUCGCAUCCGUGAAUGAUGGGUCACAUUUGCGUGGAGAUUUUACCAACUUCUGCGUCGAGGGAGAUGCGGGUGUAGCUGCGAGAUACCUUGUCAGUGUCGUCUGUACAAACGCACCAGGUGCUGUCGCACCAGCCGCAACAUCGUGCUCAGUAUCAUCGCUCACAAUUAAGUCUGCGGGAGAUCAACUUGUCAAGCACUUGAUGCCUCAAGAUCGAAUCGUUGUUGGCACCUUUACAAAUUGCGUUUUUCACGUCACUGCAGUAUCCACCGUGACAAUCAGCGUCACGACUGAAUUAUGUAGUGACAUGGAUACUAGCAACACAGGAGUAUCAAUUUGGUUAGGCCUUUCAAUUUUAUUACCGUGGAAUGCAGAUGAAAAUCUUGUCAAGCGGCAGUUGGAGGCUGCGGCGACCCGGUCUGGACGUCAGGUGAGUGUACGUCGAACAGUACACGGUAAGUAUGGUGAGAUGUCUUGGCUCAUACGCUUUAUUUCUAAUCCGACGUUUACACCACCUGGAGCUGGCAAUUUACCUGAUAUAACAACGGCGUUUGCUGCCGAAAUCGGUUCGAGUAACUAUGAUGUGACUGUGACUCAAGUAAUACCAGGAUCUGCAGGGUUGAGCGGCUCUUUUCUACUUGAUUUUCACUCUUCGUCCUUUGGUCCCCGAGAAGUUGCCUUUGAUGAAGACCCAGAACGUUUACAGCUGAAACUAAAUGAAAUGGACUCAAUCGGUCGAGUAGCAGUCAAGCGCUUGAAGUUACCGUCUCCGGCAACUGGUUGUACAGUUGCAUCCUGUUCCGGUGGGUGGGAUGAUAUAUAUGUACAGAAGCCAGGGACACGAGGUGGGUAUCGUUGGAUUAUACGCUUCAUACAGGUAACGGGAGAUUAUCGAGGACACUCAUUCCCCCCUGGUAGCGGUGACGUAGCUUCUUUGUCUGUAUCCCGCUCAUCCCUGCAAGGUACUGAUGUGUCAGUCGAAGUGUUCACGAACGUCUUAGGUUCAUUGCCUGUCAAGGGGACUUUUCGUAUCGUACAGGCUGACCGAGAAACCUCGGCACUUGCUUAUUCGUCUCCCUCAGAAGCAAUUAAGGCUGGCAUUGAAGGGAUGGGCAUGUAUGGACAGGUUGACGUUACACAGACGUACUUACUUACCCAAAAGAUUCCUGGUGCGACUGCAAUCGUGGCUCAAGACGGUGUGAAGGCUACGAUUGUUGGAAUUGAAGACAUCAGGCAAUUUGUUGCGCCCACUGACAUCAUUCGCUUUGGAUCUGAAUCGGCGAAUAAUUUACCGGGAACGAAUGGGGAUGCACCAUUUACCGGCGUUAUUGAUACCUCACGCGUGCGCGUGACGGCUCGAUCUCCGAUCGUUGCCACUUCCGAAGCCGUAGUCAAAAGAAUGCUCUUUCCUGGAAUGAAGUUACGUAUUGACGGAUUAGAAUAUACGGUCCAGCGAACUGGAUAUGAAGUUCAGAGUAUCACAGUAACCAAGCCAUCAGGCACAUGGUCAACCGCGUACGUUGCAAACACUUUUCAGCUGGAAUUGACUCGAAACGGCGUCACCAAGCCCCCAACAAGUUGCCUUCGAUUUAAUGAAGACGCAGCGACAGUACAAGCGGCCAUAUUUGGUCUUUUGUUUGCAUUCGAUACCUCUGCUACAGCGGAUGAUGUCUUAGUGUCGCGCGUAGGUCCUGUCACUAUUGGUACAGCUGGAAGUACGCGCAUUGGGUACGUAUAUUCAGUGUACUUUGUUGGAGAAUCUGUAGCUGGAGACGUGGCCGCAUUAAAGCCUAGGACUUGCGGAGGUAUUGGUGAUGCUACCGUCACAGUCGACGUUGUUACACAUGGAGGUCAAGUCCCCCAUCAACGCUUGAUGUUGGCGACUGAUCACGGUCAAGUCAGAGAUACAAAAGGGUUCUUCCAGUUGAUGUUAAACUCACAGACCUCAAGUUGUUUGAAGUGGGGAGCUCCGGCUAGAGACAUAGAACAAGCACUUGAAAAUGCUCCACUGUCUGCUGGAAAUGUGAUAGUGACUAGAAGUGGCAAUGGGACGUCUAUUACCGAAAUACAACGCAUUCGAAUGACUGCAAAUGCAGUUGUGACAUCCACCCAUGGUCUGUUCAGAGUGCAGCUAACUUUGAAUGAUAAAACGUCCAUUACGUCUUGUUUGAAUUACGGUGUUUCUGCUCAAAAUCUCGAGACCGCUUUAAACGGCUUAACGAACGUAGGAGCGCUAGCUGACAUGAAUCACAUCAACGUUACUCGUUACGGUGAUGGCAGGGCAGACUGGGGCUAUGGCUACGAGUAUGUCAUUCAUUUCCAAGGACCAAUCGGCGGAGGGACAAGCCGGGUUCUUGGAAACGUUCACCAGCUUGUAAUUGGUAGUGUUGCUACUGGAGCAUGCAUCAGUGGAGCUCAGGACGGCGUCUAUCCAGCUUUACUUGCUGAAACAAUCCGACAAGGUGCAUCAGGAUUCACGUACGACAUAUUCUUUUUGGAUCACAAAACUCGCCCUGUCGUGAACUUGAUGUCGUUUAAAAGUAGCGAUAAUGGGGAUAAUGUUUGUGGUGACGGUUGGAUGCACGAUGGCGGGAGUGUUCGGCAAGUGUCUUUGGAGAUGAAAGAGCUUGGAGGGAGCAGUGAAAUUCAGCUUCUGACUAUCAAAGACCGAACUGCCACCGGGGCUUACGUCAUUAGGUUUGGCGGCCAAUCAUCGUCUUGCCUUUUAUUCACAGCGCCAGCAAGUGACGUAUCUGAUGCGAUCAAAACUCUUACGUCCAGUGCUGUUGGAGACAUCCUCGUUACUCUAAACUCUGACGAAUUGAUUUCUCCAAAUCGCGUAAAUUACCGGAUUACUUUUGUUGGGGAGCUUGUCACAGGGAAUAUUCCUUUAUUGGGUAUCAUUCAAAGCAGCGAUACAGCGUGCGCUAACACAGUGUCAACAUCAAAUGUAGUUGUGGAAAAUCUACUGGAUGGAGGAAUUGUCUCGAACGAAUUUGCACUUACAGGUCCGUAUGAUGGAGAAAACUUUAAUUCGCUACAUGUGGCCUACAGUGUAUCUCAACACUUUAGUGUGAUGGAUGAUCAAUAUGAGAUCCAGCAAAUGGUUGUCUCGAAUCCAAGUAAUGAUUUUGUGACCGGAGAAACGUAUAAUUUGAGAGUAUUUGGAAUCAACACAAAUUCCAUUUCGUGGGAUGCGAGUGAAUCGAAUCUUCAAUCAGAACUUGUUGUUGCUGUACAGACAGCAAUUAGUCCAACUGUGGUGGUGGUACGUCUGUCAAUGGAAACGUGGCAGAGAUCUCAGUGGUUGCGGUGA